AGGAGAAGUUCAAUGAACUACGGAAUCCAUCCCUGUGAAGAUUUCUAAACCCAUGCUUGAGAAUGUGCUUGUUUGGAACUGAAGAUAUUCCUUCUUCUGUGGGCCCAUGGCAAGCUACAGUAGGUCAGAGAGGACAGCCUAUGAAGUCUCAGGACAGUACUAAUGGAAGGCCCUUUGCAAACCUCCAUUCAUGUGUGCCAUGAAAAUGCUCAGUGGAUGUCAAAAUUACCAGAAAAGCUCUGGGAUACUCCCCUCUUUAACUUAUCUCUUCCAGGGAGUCAUGACACUAUGACCUACUGCUUGGAUAAGAACUCUGCUGUUAGUGGCAAUGAAUCCAAGCUGGUGAAGUUUUUAAAUAAAUGUAUGCCCUGCAUUGUACGCCCUAUUAUUAUGAAGUGGUCCAUAACACAGGUGCUAACUGUGACGGAGCAACUUGAGGCCGGAGUUAGAUAUUUGGAUUUUAGGAUUGCCCACAAGUCUAGCGAUCCAUCUACGAAUCUGUACUUCGUGCAUAUGGUAUACACAACCGUUAUUGUACAGGAUAUUCUGUGGGAAGUGUUAAAGUGGUUGGAAACUCAUCCUCAGGAAGUUGUUAUCCUGGCCUGCAGGAAUUUUGAUGGAUUAACCAAGAAACUUCACUGUCAUCUUAUUACCUGUAUAAAACAGAUUUUCCAGUGUAAACUGUGUCCCAGAAAUGUGGUUCCAACUCUGCGGACCAUGUGGCAGCGUGGCUAUCAGGUUAUAGUCUCAUAUGAAGAAGAUCUGGAAGUGCUGAAGCACUGCGAGCUGUGGCCUGCAAUCCCAUACUGGUGGGGAAACAAAACUACCACUCAUGCUCUCAUCCAGUUUCUAGAACUCAUGAAGCAGAUGGGCCGUCCAGAAACAUUCUUCGUUGCGGGGAUUAACCUUACUGAAAAUCUAAGAUAUAUUCUUGUACACCCGUUUGGAUCACUGAAGACAAUGACACUCCGGAGUCUUCCAUGCUUGAAAAUCUGGGUGAGGAAGCAGUAUCCAGGACCACAAAAAGAAUGCAUUAACAUCAUUGCUGGAGACUUCAUAGGAAAUGACGAUUUUGUCAGAGAUGUGAUAGAACUUAACACAAAAAUCAAUCCUCAGUUAGACUGUCCCAGCAAAGGGUCUGGACCAAAGAACAUUUCAUUCUCAGCUUUCUAAAAAAUCUUUGAAAAGCUGAAAAGACUUUGUGUGCAUUUAAUAUUUCCUGGUUUAAACACCCUGAACUACAUAAAGAUCCAGUGAAGUUAAACCAGGGAUCAUUAAGCUCAUUAAGAAGCACGCUCUCAACAUCAUCAGGCUUUCAAAGUCUUUUCUUAAAAAAAGAGCAGGAAGAUCUUGCUGAAGUCUUUAGAGAACUGUGAGAUAGGCACAAUUUACUUGAGAGGUGCUUAGCUCAUGCAGCAGCUGGCAGUAUUGAAAGUUUCAAGAUCUGUUUAACAUAUGAGCGAGAAGUAGAAAUAUGUCACUAGCUGCACAAAUUAUUCUGUGAUUUUAUUUUCUUUCUGCACAUACUUGCAACCCCAAAUCUCAGUAUUUUAUCAGUGUGAAACUAACUUGCCUGUUUUCACAGUUUGUAUUGAAUACAUACAAUGUGGGCAAUUGAAAAAUGUUUUUGAUCUAUCAAAGAUACUGUACUGACACUCUCACUUGCCACAACAUUUACAUGUACACUGAUCUGGAGAUCUAGUAUCAGCUGUAUUGUUGUGUGCUGAAUAUCAGUUGUGAACCAUGUCACUACCAGGGUAGUCAUAACAUUCUUACUAUUUUUAAGAGAUGUGUAACAGAACACUUUGUUCUUGUUAUCAUUGAUGGCAGUUCUGCCACAGCCAGCUCCCUGGGCAGUUUUGUCUGCUGCAGUAAAAUGUUUUUAUAUUAGGAGCUGUAAAAAUACCCCUUACAUUAGAAAGUAGUUUUGUAUGUAUCUGCUUUCCGUUUGAACUGUCUGCUCUAAAAAUACAGAUCAUUGGCUUGUCAUUCUUAUUUGAGGUUUCACAACUGAUUUUCCUUUAUUUACAUAUUUUUGUAGCGCUGUAGUUAUCUUCCUCUCGAGAAGUAUUCUUUGCUUGCUUAAACACUGUUUUAUGUAAGUUAAUUCUAUUUUUCUAAUUUUUAAAUGAACUGUGCAAUAACAGAUGAUCAUGACGGUAAGAGAAAGGGCAACUAUCAGGGCUAAAACAAAACAGGCAUUGUAUAGAGUUACUAUGCAGCUUCAUGAAUAUACCUCACUUUUUAUAUGCACUUUACAUGUAGCAACUGAGUUCAAGUGUCCGGCAAGAUGUUGUGUUUGCAGUAGGUAGCUGCCUAACUUCGAAAUGGAUAGCUACUUGAUACCAGAUCAAAGUUACCUUUGACUGCUAGGGAUGAAAGGCUCAGAUGCUACCUCCUCAUGCAAUCUCCUACAAUUGCAGACUAUGUAGGAGUGAAAACCUAACAUUCCACUUAGUUAGAAGACUUUCUAAAUGCUUUUUUACAGUGCUUUUUUUAUCCUUGAUCUCACUCGUGUUUACUUCAUAUAGAGCAGUCAUUCAGUUUGGUUUUUUAGAGUUGCCACCUGCGCAAAGUGCUGUUCUAACUCAGAAUGUUUUUCUGCAUAUCUUUUGUACCCUUCAUGUGUCUUGUCACUUUACCUAAUAAAUCUUGACCUGUUUGUGCACUAAAGACUGAAAUACAGUUUUGUUUCUCCUUUCUGUAA